AUGAGCGACUUCCCACCGUCGAAUCUUCAGCCCCUUAUCCGGGAGGUUUGUGAACUUCUCAAAGCGAAGAAGGAGACAAUAUCCGUUGCGGAGACGGCCGCUGGCGGACUCAUUUCAGCAAGCCUGCUCUCUGUUUCCGGAGCGUCAGCCAUCUACAAAGGUGGAUUGACUAUUAACAUGGCAAUUAAGGUAUACACCCUGGAAUCUCGGAUCGCCUUUGCCGGAUGGACUCCAGCUCAUCUGGAAACCUACAAUGGCCCAACGCCCGCUAUUGUGGCCCAAAUGGCCGACCACGUUCGCCACACUCUCGGUUCCACCUAUACGGUGAGUGAGAGUGGAACAGCCGGGCCGACCGGCGGGACGGCGAGGAAUCGCACUCCAGGCUACGUAGCUGUCGCAGUAUCAACUGCGCAUGGAACGUAUACACGAGAAGUGGAGACGGGCAGUAACGAUCGACAGAAAAACAUGGUUACCUUUACUGAAGAGAGUUUAAAGUUGUUGAGGGAUGUGCUGGUUGGGAAGGCGAAUCUAUAG